UAUAAAGCGUCCUUCCUCCUCCCCCUUCACUACAUCUCUGCUCCCUCUCCCUCCUAAAAUAACCGUCUCUUCCAGCAAUCUCCCUCCCUCCCAAAAUAACCGUCUCCUCCAGCAACCGAACCGGAGCCUGAAACCGAGCUUACCUAUCGGAACCAGGACAGUGAGCCUACUCGCGAUACAGAGGAUCGUAACCAGAGCUCCAAGCACGCGAUCAAGCUCUUCCGCUCCCGCUGGUCGCAUUCCAGGCAAAUAUUUACCGUGGAUUUACACGGCAGUUUUUCUAUAUAUUGGCCAACAUCAAAGGUUAUUUGUUUACCAUUCGUUGAAGACGCAUCGGAGGCUUGAACACAAAACCUUUUGCUGCUUUCUAUAUAUUGCCCACUACAUCAAAGAUGGUUGGAACUCCGGUUGCUGCUGGAGAAAUGCCUGGGAACAAGUAUGUUGAAGCUCCAGUGGUCCCCACAACACGAGUGGAGAGACUCUUGAGAAAAAGGGAACUGAGGAAAACUAGACCUCAGUUAAACGAUUCUGUUGAACAUGCUUGGGACCAAAGAGUAGAGUCUGAUGACCUGGGAGUUCCCCAGGUGGAACAACAUGUGGAAGGAGCUGCACGAGCAGUUAAUGAAGAACAUCAAAGGGGCGAUCGGAAUAUUAUCAGACAGCGACUGCUGGUUGUGGCAAAUAGGUUGCCAGUCUCGGCAGCGAGGAAUCCUGAUCAGUCUUGGUCACUGGAGAUUAGUGCUGGUGGUCUAGUUACUGCUCUUCUUGGUAUAAAGGAGUUUGAGGCCACGUGGAUUGGUUGGCCUGGUUUGAAUCUCACCGGUGAUGAGGAAGGGAGGAAGUCACUUGCAAAAUCAUUAGCCCAAAAGAGAUGUGCUCCUGUUUUCCUGGAUGAUGAGAUUGUUGAUCAGUAUUACAAUGGUUACUGCAAUAACAUAUUAUGGCCGCUUCUGCAUUAUCUUGGACUUCCACAAGAAGAUCGACUUGCAACGACCAAAACUUUCCAGUCCCAGUUUGAUGCAUUCAAAAGAGCAAAUAACAUGUUUGCUGAUGUAGUGAGUGAACAUUACAAGGAUGGUGAUAUUGUUUGGAUUCAUGACUAUCAUCUUAUGUUCCUCCCAGAAUGUCUAAAGAAGAACAACAGUAAAAUGAAAGUGGGUUGGUUUUUGCAUACACCAUUUCCUUCUUCCGAAAUACAUAGGACAUUGCCAUGCAGAUCAGAGCUGCUGCGUGCAAUUCUUUCUGCCGAUAUGGUUGGUUUUCACACCUAUGACUAUGCAAGACAUUUCGUUAGUGCAUGUACUCGCAUCCUUGGGCUUGAAGGUACUCCUGAAGGAGUAGAGGAUCAAGGGAGACUGACCCGUGUAGCUGCGUUUCCAAUUGGAAUAGAUUCUGACCGAUUCAUUCGAGCUGUUGAAUCCCAGUCAGUGCAGGGCUACAUGGGAGAGUUGAAGAAUAGAUUUGAGGGGAGAAAGAUCAUUGUAGGGGUUGAUAGACUUGAUAUGAUCAAAGGGAUUCCCCAAAAGAUACUAGCAUUUGAAAAAUUUCUCGAGGAAAAUCCACAAUGGCAUGAUAAAGUGGUUUUGCUGCAAAUUGCUGUCCCAACGAGAGUAGAUGUUCCUGAAUAUCAAAAGCUAGCCAGUCAGGUCCAUGAGAUUGUUGGACGCAUCAAUGGCAGAUUUGGAUCUUUGUCUUCUGUUCCCAUUCACCAUCUGGACCGUUCUCUUGAGUUUCAUGCUUUAUGUGCGCUGUAUGCUAUUAGUGAUGUAGCACUUAUCACAUCUUUACGUGACGGAAUGAACCUUGUCAGCUAUGAGUUCGUGGCUUGUCAAGCAUCAAAAAAGGGGGUUCUUAUCCUUAGUGAAUUUGCAGGUGCUGCACAAUCUUUGGGAGCUGGAGCACUUCUUGUUAAUCCUUGGAACGUCUCAGAAGUCGCUGCUUCUAUCAAGCAGGCCUUAGAUAUGCCUCCUGAUGAACGUGAAAAACGUCACCUGCUUAACUUUACACAUGUGACAACCCAUACUUCUCAAGAAUGGGCAGAAACGUUUGUGAGUGAAUUAAAUGACACUGUUCUUGAAGCUCAGCAGAGGAUAAGAGACGAGCCACCACAAUUUGAUGUCAGUAAUGCAAUUGAUCGGUACAUGCAGUCCAAUAACCGGCUGCUGAUAUUGGGUUUCAAUGGGGUGCUGACAGAAAUGGUGGAUAGCCCUGCAAGAAGAGGUCGUGAUCAGGUUAAAGAUAUGGAACUUAAGCUGCAUCCUGUUUUGAAUGGACCUCUAGCCGCAUUGUGUAGGGAUCCAAAAACAACGAUUGUUAUUCUCAGUGGAAGUGACAGAACUGACUUAGAUGCUAACUUUAGUAAGUACAACAUGUGGUUGGCAGCAGAGCACGGAAUGUUUCUUCGGUCUGCAAAUGGAGAGUGGAUGACUACAAUGCCUGAGCUCCUAAACAUGGAUUGGGUUGACAGUGUAAAGCAUGUAUUUGAGUAUUUCACCGAAAGAACACCUAGAUCUCAUUUUGAAAUGCGUGAAACUUCUCUUGUUUGGAACUACAAGUAUUCGGAUGUUGAGUUUGGAAGGUUGCAGGCUAGAGAUAUGCUACAGCAUCUCUGGACAGGCCCAAUAUCUAAUUCAUCUGUAGAUAUUGUUCAAGGAGAACAUACUGUUGAGGUUCGAGCCGUUGGUGUUACCAAGGGAGCAGCAAUUGAUCGUAUACUCGGGGAGAUAGUUCACAGUGAAGGCAUCACCAUUCCAAUUGAUUAUGUUCUCUGCAUGGGGCAUUUUAUUGGAAAGGAUGAGGAUGUGUACCGGUUUUUUGAGCCAGACCUUCCUUGUGAUGCCAUGGGAGUUCCAAGAACCAAGUUAGGUGAUGCAAUGAAGGCAGGAGCAGAACGGAGGGGAGCGCCAAAGAAUUCAUCAAACAGGACUACUAAGUCAGCGUCGAUCUCUGAAAAAGCAACACAAAACCACCACCACCCAUCAGGGGAUGGACGACGACAGCCCCCCGAAAAUGCUUCAUGGAAUGUGUUGGAUCUCAAGAAGGAGAAUUACUUCUCAUGUGCAGUUGGCCGGACUCGUACAGAUGCUCGAUAUCGCAUGAAGACCUCAGGUGAUGUCGUGAAAUUUAUAACUGACCUGGCUGCAGCAUCAGUCCCGCCAACACCGCUCUGAUUCUAUAUUAAGGGAUGAUUUAUUCAAAGCUUCUGAAUCUCAUCCUCCUCUUCCUCAGCGUUAUCAACCAUCAAAUCUCUCUAGGGUGUUUGCUUUGUGAAGUUUAGUUUUAAGACUUGACAACGAUGUUUGAACAUAUUUUCUAGAAUUAAUGGAGUGAAAUGUUUCAUUAUUUCCCAUGUUUGUGCUGUGUGUUUAUAUGUUUGUGCUUGCUGCCGUUUUGUGCCAAUAUAUGAUAAGCCUUCCAUUGAAUGAAGUUGUGCGCGCACUUCGAAAUGGC